CAUGAGGAGACAUCGCGGUGUUACCAAACCCGUGCCCGUGAAUGCGUGCGCGGCUAAAACGUUUGAAUUGUUCCGCUGAGACCAGGAUCAGAGUCAAAGCAAAUAGCCACGGAGCGGGGAGCACGAGUCAUAAGCUGCCGUCAUUGAUCUAACAGACUGAAGCUUUCUGCCUGGGCGCAGCAUUCUGAGACACAUUCAGGAUGGUGAAGCUGUCAGUGGACCUGAUCCAGCAGGCUUACCAGCACAUCAAUCCCGUAAGGGAACGUGAGCUGGACCUGCGUGGCUACAAGAUCCCUGUCAUCGAGAAUCUGGGGGCAACACUGGAUCAGUUCGAUACGAUAGACUUCUCCGACAAUGAGAUCCGUAAGCUGGACGGCUUCCCGCUGCUGAAGCGGUUGAAGAGUCUGAUGAUGAACAACAACCGCAUUGUCCGAGUGGGGGAGGACCUACACAGCAGCCUGCCGAGCCUGGAGACGCUGCUGCUGACCAACAACAGUCUGCAAGAGCUGGCCGACCUGGACCCGCUCGGCCAGCUGCCGCAGCUCACCACGCUCUCGCUGCUCGGCAACCCGGUGGCCAUGCGCCAACACUACCGGCUGUACGCCGUCUUCCGCAUGCCUCACCUGCGCGUGCUCGACUUCCGGCGCGUCAAGCAGAAGGAAAGGGAGCAGGCGAAUGCGCUCUUCAAAAGCAAGAAAGGCAAGCAGAUGCAGAAGGAGAUCUCCAAACGCGCUAAGACCUUUGUGCCGGGCGCCGGUCUGGAGAGUGCCGUUCAGGCCAGAGCGGUGCCGGCCGGGCCAACGGCGGAGGACACGCGGCUCAUCAAGGAGGCGAUCGCGCGCGCCACCUCGCUGCAGGAGAUCGAGCGGCUGAACCAGAUGCUGCGCUCGGGCGUGGUGCCCGGGCCGGACAUCAUGGACGCGAUCCGCAGCGGCCAGCAGGUGGAGGAGGCGUUCUGAGCCCGACUCCACGCAUCGGCGGCCGCCAGCCUCCGCCUGGCGACCUCCCCGAACGAGAGGAGCGCACCGCCGACGGCGCGGCCGGCGUCCGCUACCUCAGGCGCGUGCAGCCUCGGGCCACGUGGGCCGUGACAUCAUCGCCUUCAUCACCGUCAAUACACGCCAUCUGUCUGU